GGCAACCUUGUAAAUCACACAGGAAGGUCAUCCCCAAUGUGAGGGAUCUAUAGCGAAUUGAAAAGCUGUCUACAGUAUCGGAAUGAGAUCGUCACUCGCCGAUUUUUUAUUUAUUUAUUUUUUUGCCGUUUACGUUAGCCAUAGACUUUGACAGGUACUGCCUUGUAGGUUACUUGUAGCUUGGAUUGUGCAAGCGAGCACUGUGCACUCAUACUGUCAGAUAGAUGGCUGUCUCUAAAUGCUCUAGGCUUAGCGGCCCUCUGAUCCAAGAGCUGCUGAAUUCGGUAGACAAUUUUCUAUUUGAUUGCGAUGGGGUUAUAUGGCGUGGGGACGAGGCCAUCCCGGGUGCCCCCGAGGUGAUCAAUUUAUUGAAAAAGAACGGCAAACGCGUGUUUUUUGUCACCAACAACAGCACCAAAACCAGGGAGAUGUAUGCGGAGAAAAUGGCAAAAUUAGGGUUUCAGGCUAAAACUGAAGAGGUGUUUGGCACGGCGUAUUGCUCGGCUGUGUUCCUAAAGCACAUCGCAAAACUAGACGGGAAAGUGUAUCUUGUAGGCGGCAAUGCCCUAAGCAAGGAGUUACAAACAGCAGGUAUUCAGACAGUAGGGUCUGGUCCAGACCCAGUCUUUGGUGGGCAAAGUGACUGGGCUGAUGUUCCCUUGGACCCCGAGGUGAAAGCCGUGGUUGUGGGGUUUGAUGAGCAUUUCAGCUACAUGAAGUUGACCAAAGCGCUCAAAUACCUCGACAAUCCUAACUGUCUGUUUGUGGGCACCAAUACUGAUACCAGGCUGCCGUUGGAAGGAGGAAGGGCAGUGCCAGGCACAGGGUGUUUGGUCCGAGCUGUGGAAACGGUAUCCCAGCGCAAGGCUCAGAUCAUUGGCAAGCCGAGCCACUUCAUGUUUGACUGCGUAGUCAGUGAGUACGGGAUCGACCCGGCCCGGACAGUGAUGGUGGGUGACCGGCUGGACACUGACAUCCUGCUGGGCUCCAACUGUGGCCUGAAGACCCUGCUGACCCUCACUGGAGUCUCCCAUCUGGAUGAGGCUACAGCCCACCAAGAGAGCCACUGCCCUGAGCGGACAGGCAUGGUCCCGGAUUAUUACGUGGAGACCAUUGCUGACCUAUUGCCAGCCCUGCAGGGAUGAAGAGGCUGUACUCUCACUUAGUGUGUUUUCAGAGUACCCAUACCCGCGGCCUUUCAAGUUACCUGAUUUAAAUAUAGUAUAAUAGAAAAUAUCGUAAUAUCAUUUUUAAAAGUAUUUAAAGAAAGUUAAUGAAUGUGAGGUAAAUACAUUUAUCAGCCAUUAGUACUGUAUUGGGAAUACUGUGACCUGUAGAUUUCAAGAAAUUGACACCUAGAAGACUUAAUCAUUGAAGAUGGUCUUGGUAAAUUCUUUAGGGCACUGAUAUUUAGACAGUUGCAGUCAUGUAGGAAUGUACCGAUAACAAACAACUUUAAUACUUAAAGGUUUUUAGUUUCUUCAUACCUCUGCCCUAAUUUGAUAAACCUGCACUUACCAUUGUACUUUAUAUUGGUGGAAAAUGCCAGUGAGAUUAAUAUUGAGUUAAAGGGCAGUGAUAAUUAGAUUAUUUUUUUAAAUGGCACUUCAAUAUACUUUAAAUGUAUAUCAUUUUACUAUAAUCAAUGCUGCAUCUGACUUAAAAUUUAUUGGUUAAGUCUUCCCUAUCUUAAAUAUUCAUGGCUGGUUCCACAGACCCCGAUUAGCACUAAUCAUGGACUACUUAAUCUUACGCUAGGUAAAAUGCUCCAAGGUGAAUGCUAAUCCGGGUCUGUGAAACCAGACGUAAGUCAUAAAAUACAUUUAAGAAAGCCUUGCUGUCUUUAUGAUGAUCCUUCUUGUCAGCAGUAAAAACUAAAGCAGCCAUCUGCUCUGGGAAAAGGCAUCUCCUUCUCAUCAGUGUGGCUUUGUAAAGGUGAUAUUUUACUCACCUGUGGUCAUAUUACCUACCUAGCACUCUGACAGGUAAAAACUAUAUGAAGUGUGUGUGGUAGCUAAUAGGAUUACAUGCAAGGUAAAAGAAAGAAGUCUAAAAAUGUAACCAUCAAGACAACUCAUAUAGAACAAUUUUGUUUCUUGCUAGGUUUCUGUUAUAACUGGAUGACAGGGUUUUCUUUCUGAACAUUGGAGCUUGUUUCUUGCUACUGUACAUGAGUACUAUACUUUUUUGUUAAUAGCAGUUCAGUAUACUUUAAAAAGAGAAGUAUUGCCCAAAUAGGGCCAAAUCAACAACGCUGAAAUAAAAUACAGAGCAGUAUUUUUGUUUUAUUUGUUAAAAGUAUUUAACCAGGGAAAAUCCUCUUGAGAGGUAACAUUUAAUUUAUGUUUGUGGUUUAAUUGUAUUGGCCUAAUACUAACACCGGCUUGAAAUCCAUUGCUGUAUGGUUGGGAAAAUGUUUAUUUAUCACAUGUAUAUUCAUAAAAUAACAAUUUAUUUGCAACUAUUUUUUAAUGACGUGUGUCGCAAAGAUUUUAAGAACCAGUGAUAUUCUUUAGCAACUUUUAUGAAUGCAGUCCCAUUAUUGUAUUGAUUUGUGUCUGCAGAAUGUUGUCCCUUUACAUAGCUGAUGUGUGAGUUUACUCCUUGUUAUGAACAAUUUUACACACUACAACAGCUGACAAGUACUGUAACCCUGAGGUUGUGCAAUACGUCUAUAAUGAAUAUGCGUGUUCAUUCCAAAUUUAUAUAACUGCAGAGAAAAUCCAGGCUAAGAUAUAAUUAAACAGAUCUUAAAGUGAAAAAAAUUUCACUAUUUUAAACAAAAAUAUUUCAGUAUUUAAAGAUCACUGUGUAACCUAUACAACUGUUUGUAGAAUGAUUUCUUGAGGCUGUUAUAAAGUAAUAAUGUGUGAACAACUGUGUAGUUAUUAUUACCUGUACUUGAAUUGGACAGUGUGCUGUAAAAUGUCAGUGCUGAGUGAUGUCCAGAUGUUCAUAUUUCCUUUAGUGUGUAAAAAUCCAUAAAAACACUCUAUUCCAUUUAGAAUAGUAAUUACCUAUGCAGUAAAAUGUCUGAUAUAUUACCAGUAA